AAAAACAAACUCGUUCCUCUCGUUGUCCGCGCCGCGUCCGCCAGAAAAAUCUUUGAAAAGCGCAUCUCCGUCGGAUGGGAUCAUUGGUAAGUCGUUCAGUGCCAGCAAACAUGAGUGGACCAGUUGCGGAAUUUGUGAAAAGUGCCAUCGCCAAGGACAAAGUGGUCAUCUUUUCCAAAACCUACUGCCCGUACUGCACCAUGGCGAAGGAGCCCUUCAAGAAACUCAACGUGGAGUAUGCCUGCUAUGAGUUGGAUAAACGUAACGACGGUGAUGAAAUUCAAUCCGUUCUUGGCGAGUUGACCGGGGCCCGCACGGUACCACGAGUGUUCAUCGACGGUAACUUCAUCGGUGGUGGCACCGAUAUUAAGAAGAUGUACGAUGAUGGUCGGUUAGCGAAGUUGUUUGCUUAAACCAGCCCCUCGUUCUAGACAUACUGUCUUUAAAGUUGAAUUAUACACUUGGCUACUUUCUCUCUUUUGCGUUGCCGUGCGGAAUAAACAGUAACGUCUUGUGAGCUUUGUUAUAAAAUCUAUAA